ACGUGUUAUAAUGGUUCAUCCAUAGCUAGAAUGGAGGAGGCAAGUCAGAGAGAGAAGCUUAAAACUCAGAUUUCAGCUGUAAACAAAGAGCUGUCUGAGAUCACUGGCCACAUCACAACCCGUUUCAAUGACAUCAUCACCUAUAAGGGUCGUCCCUACUGCGAGAAAAUGCACUGGGACUGUAUUGAGAUGCUGUACUGGCUGCAGCAGGAGAGGCGAGUCCAGUCCCUGGAGAUGUUUGUAAAGAGACAGAUGGCUCUUACUGUAAGGCUGCCUACUCUGAACCACAGCCAGGAGUUUAAUACAACAACAAUCUCGCAACAAUGUCUGUCAGACUGUGAGAGAAACAGCGAAUUGCAGCAACACCCAGGACCCUAAA